GGAAAAGUUGUUGAACUUACGAACCGGUGCCGGCGUUACGAACUGGAGGCCCACAUGUGAUUGAACGUGAGAAAUGACUCUGCAUCACAGAGAUGGAUCUGACAGACAUUCUGCAAGAGCUAAAAAUCAAAGACGCCUCUGCCCCGGAGGGUCUCCCAGGACUCUCCUCCUGUCCAGUCGCUGAAGUCCUCUGUCAGAUCCAGGAACGUUUCGAUGACAAGGGCUCUGCGGAGCAUCGACCAAACAUACUCAAAAGCACUGAACGGUUGUUCUCUAACGGAGACGUUCACUGGCUCUUUGAUGAUGCUAACUCAGAUCUGAGAAGCGUUUACGAGGAAUUGUUGGAGUCGCUAAUUCAAUACGCCGCACUCCCCGUGUGUGAAACGGACAGCGGUACUUUACCAGAAGACCGCUAUGAAGACAUUCCCGCCAAAGCACAGGCCGUUAACGCUACAUUAUUAACACUCUCACGUCGGCUUGAAAAUGCAGCAGAGUCUCUGGCUAGCUCUGGCGAAUCGACAUUUGUGAGGACUCUCACACGUUCGCUCGCCCCCAUCUUAUGUACAUUUGCCGUAACCCAUUUGCAGAAUCAGCCAUGGACAAAUGAAGCUUCUAGAAGGGACGCUUUGGAACUUCUGACCUCGGUUGUCAGGGCGACAGGCGGCGGGUCUGUGUUGGACCUCCUGUGUGGGAAGAGUGGCGGUGAUCAGAGAGGUGUUCUAGGAUCCAUUUUAGACACGUUGCAGCCCGAGCUGACAAAGGACAAAUGGAAGCAGAAUCAGGCUUUGAAGCAUGUGUUCUCCUGGCUGUUGGUCCAGGUGGGACGUCCCUGGUUGGCCGACUACCUUGAGAAAGUCUUUCCACCAUCACUGCUUAUCUCAGAUGAUUAUCGCACAGAGAAUAAAGUACUGGGCGUGCACUGCCUGCAUCAUAUCAUUCAAAAUGUGCCUGCUGCUGAUCUCAGACAGUACAACAGAGCUCAAGUGCUCUAUCACGCUCUCUUCAACCACCUUUACACACCUGAGGCUCCCCUCAUACAGGUGGUUCUGCCCUGUAUUAUAGACCUGCUGGCGGUCUUGGAGAAGCGUCCUGCUCACACAGGGUUGCCGAGGAAACCAAACCGCUACGACGAAGUGCUCCGGCUUGUUCUGACACAUAUGGAGAUGGAGCAUAAGCUUGCCUUACGCCGCAUCUACGCAAGCAAUCUGGUCAUCUUUAUCGAAAAGAUGGGAAUUGUCAUCGCUCGGCACCUGAAGAGACUAGAGAAGGUGAUUGUGGGAUAUCUGGAGAUCUCGGACGGUCCGGAGGAGAAGGCCAGAAUUAGCAUUUUAGACGCGUUGGAAAAACUGCUGCAGAUUGCCUGGCCGAGGAUGGAGUGCAGGAUGGGCGUGCUGACGCGGAGUUUGCUUAGGUUUCUGUGCGAUGUCGAGUCGGAGCCGCUGGCUCCAAAGCUCAGAGAGGAGCUCAUGAACAGAGCGUCUCGUUGCCUGAUGCUGCUGGAUCGCUGCACGGAGGGAAAACUGAAGGAACAGCUGGUGGAGGUAGACGGCUCCUGUGUGUCUGACGCUGUGUUAAAGUGCAUACAGACAGUUACUCUGGUACAGGAGGACUGAAAAGGAAACCCAGUUAAAACGCGACGCGUUGCAAACCCUGGGCUGGGCUGGCCCGGACCGGCCCGAACCAAAGCCGAGCCGUAGCAGACUGACCCAGCUGAAGUGAGACGGAAUUU